AUGGGAACAUUGUUAUCGCUUCUCACCCCUCUGCAGGCGCGUUUGGCGGGGGCGACGCUGGUGGGGUCCACCAUGACUGCGGGCGUGCUGCUCAGCACACAAGACCCCCAGACCAUCAGCAAGUGGUCCUUCGCAGCAUCGGACGCAGUCACCCCCUUCCUGCGCCUACUAGACCCCGAAGCAGCCCACCGCCUGGCGCUCCUCUCAGCCGAGCUCUCCCUCGUGCCACACGAGCACCGCCCCGACCCGCCGUCCCUCUGCAUAGCGCUGUGGAACCGCGCCUUCCCCAACCCUGUGGGGCUGGCCGCGGGGUUUGACAAGGAUGGGCGCGCGGUGGACGGGCUGCUGGGCAUGGGGUUUGGGUUCAUGGAGAUUGGGAGUGUUACGCCGGCGCCGCAGCCGGGGAAUCCCAAGCCGAGGGUUUGGCGGAUCCCGGAGCAAAAGGCGGUGAUCAACCGGUACGGGUUCAACAGCGAGGGCAUAGCAGCAGUGGCGGAGCGGCUUGGCGCGCAGCAGGGCAGGCGGCGCGCAGUGGAGAAGCCCGAGGGGCUCAAGACCGGCAAGGACCGCGCGGCUGCCCCGCCAGCAGCCGGGGGGAGCGCGGGCAGGCGCGGACUGGUGGGGGUGAACCUGGGGAAGAACAAGUGGACGGACGACGCUGCAGAGGAUUUUGUGCAGGGCAUGCAUACCCUCGCGCAGUAUGCGGAUUUCCUGGUGGUGAAUGUGUCCUCGCCGAAUACCCCGGGGCUGAGGAAGCUGCAGGGGCGGCGGCACCUGCACGGACUGCUCAAGAAGGUGUUGGCAGCGAGGGAGGAGAUGCAGUGGGGCGAGGAGGGCCCUCCGCCGCUGCUGCUCAAGAUCUCCCCAGACCUCUCCCAGCAAGACAUGGCCGACAUUGCCGCUGUUGCUCUCUCUCUCAAGCUCGAUGGCCUGAUAGUGGGAAACACAACGGUGUCGCGCCCUGACUCCGUGCUGGGGCUGCUACAUGCAGAUGAGCCGGGGGGCCUCAGUGGCCGCCCUCUCUUUGACCCCUCCACACACACUCUGCGCGAAAUGUACCGCCUUACUAAGGGCCGGGUCACGCUAAUAGGAUGUGGAGGCAUCUUCAGCACCAUGAAUGGCAGCACCAUGAAUGGCAGCACCAUGAAUGGCAGCACCAUCCUGCCCUACCCUGCCCUGCCCUGUGCUGUGCUGCCACCUGCCUCGCCUGCUCUUACCUGCCCUUGCACCACAACUCACCUGCGCUUGCUCCGGCUCUUGCUCUCCCGUUGCCCCCCUCCGUUGCCUCCUGUUUCCCCCUCUGUGCUCUCCAAUGGCCCCGUCCGUUGCACCUCCUGCUGUGCGCAGAGGGAGCUAGCAGAGUGUCUGGCACGGGAUGGGUUUGAGUCCGUGGAAGAUGCAGUGGGAGUGGACCACAGGGCAGCAGCGCUGCUGCACGUGCAUGCAUGA